GGCCUCCUGAAAUUCCAGGAUGUCCUGGAAUUCUCCUGGAAUUUGAAAAAAAACCCAAAAGUCCUGGAAUUCUCCUGGAAAUUCAAAAUUUCAGGAAAUUUCUCCUGAAAUUUUGAAAAAUCUCCUGGAAUUUUCGCGCGUAACAAAUUUUUCGUGAAUUUGCGUGCAUUUUCGGUAUUUUGUUUACGCCGCCGCUUAGAGUUUCCGUUUCCGUUUUUUUAAUUCUGCGCACAUCGGAUGUUGGUUUAAAACUAGAUUUAGCCUUGGUCUAUAUAACGGUCCGUCUGGCGGGAUCUUCGAUUAUUCAAGUGUCAGCUCUUGAGUUUGAUUCUUCGGAUGUUCAUUCAUAGAUCUAUUUCAUUUUUACUGCGUCACUGUGAGAAAUUUCUCGAUUUCAGUUGUGAACUAUUGUGUUUUCAUUUCAAUUUAACAUUUCAUUAUGCCGAAAUAUACCACUUCGUUCAAACCUGCAUGGUUAGAGAACGAUUUGUAUAAAUCAUGGCUACAACAAACCUCAGCAACCAAGGCAUAUUGUCGGUUAUGUGCCAAAUCGAUAGACGUUUGUAAUAUGGGAGAGGCAGCAAUCAAAUCGCAUAUGAAAUCAAGCAAGCAUGUACAGCUUGAUAAUAAGUCUUCUGGUUGCAUGACUGUUGCCUCUCUGUUCAAGAAAGCUGUUGUGCCUACUGUAACCCCUUCACCAUCGGCAGCCGCAGCAUCCCAGCUUGAAGUUACAGCUGUAGCUGAAAAGUCAUCAUUACCCUGUCCUGGUCCAUCAACUUCGAAGUUGCCACAGGCUCAAACCACAAUGAAAACUCAUGUCACCAGUGAGCAAACAUUGUCGGCUGAGAUUUUAUGGGCCUUAAAAGCAGUAUGUUCUCAUUAUUCAUUUAACAGCUGUGCAGACAUUUCUAGCCAUUUUUAUCGAAUGUUUCCGGAUAGUGAAAUUGCUAAGAAGCUUUCCUGUGGGCCGGAUAAAAUGGCAUACAUGGUGUCUUUUGGACUUGGGCCAUAUUUUCAUGAGUUGCUGAAGGCCAAACUUAAAAGUUUAGAUGAUGGUUUCAUCCUUUUGUUUGACGAGGCCCUCAAUCGGGAGCUCAGCAAGAAACAUAUGGACAUACACGUUAGACAUUGGGAUGAUGACAAGGUCAUUACAAGGUAUUAUGGGUCUGCCUUCCAGGGACAUGCAACAGCUCAAGAUAUGUUUCAAAAAAUAACAAGUCUUUUUGACUUUGACCAGAGCAAAGUUGUUCAAUUCUCCAUGGAUGGACCCAAUGUCAACUGGGCUUUACUGAAACUGCUCUCGGCUGAGUUAAAACAUGUUUCUGCAAGAGGUUUUAUCGACAUUGGUAGUUGUGGUCUGCACACCAUACACAAUGCCUUUCGUUCUGGGCUUGUGGCAUCUAAAUGGGAGUUAAGUCACUUCUUCUCCUCUCUCUCAUGGUUGUUUAAAGAUACUCCGGCACGCCGUGAAGACUACACAAGACUCACUGGUAGCAGCGAUUUCCCCCUGGAUCAUUGCCCACAUCGCUGGGUGGAGAAUGUUAUGGUAGCAGAGAGGGCAUUAAAAGUUUGGCCACACGUCAAGCAAUUUAUAAAAUCCCUUUUGGCAGAAAAAAAAGCACCAAACACCAAGUCUUUUGAAUUUUUGCAGAAUUGUUUGAAUGACCAUUUUUUAACUGCAAGGAUUGAGUGUUUUAUUUCAAUUGCCAAGACUUUGCAGCCAUUCCUUAAAAAAUUUCAAAGCGAUGCCCCCAUGCUGCCAUUCAUGGCACAUGAGCUUUUUAACCUUUUGCGAUCCCUGCUUCAGAGGUUUGUUGCACCAGAAGUUUUCAAGAAAGAAUGCUCAUCAGUUGCAACACUGCUGUGUUUAGACGUGUCAACAACAAAAAAUCUUUUACCACCGUCUGAUGUUGACAUUGGUUUCAAAUCCAAAGCUGCAGUCAAAGAAAUUAAAACUAAAGUGAGCCAAAGGGAUAUUUUCCAAUUCCAGAUGGAAAGCAGGGAUUUUUUAAAAGCAGUUGUGACAAAGAUUAUAGACAAAACACCCAUUAAGAACAAGAUUGUUCAGAAUUUGGAUUGGCUGCAACCCAAAUGUAUUGUUAAUGAUUGUCAAGCUUGUGUCAAGCAGUUAGAAAAUGUAAUGUCCUGCUUGGUUUCAAUUGGUAGGAUCAACCCAGACCACUGCGACAAUAUUAAGAUGCAGUUCCUGCAGUGGCAGUGCAGCAUUAGUGCUUCCUAUUCUAGCAUAUUUUCCUCCUUUUGUUGCAGCACCGAUCGCCUUGACACCUUUUUUUCCCAAUAUAUGGGGCACAACGAAGAUUAUUCUUUGCUCUGGUCAUUAGCACGCACACUACUGAUGCUGUCACAUGGCCAGGCCACAGUGGAGCGAGGCUUCAGCGUGAAUAAGGAAGUCAUGCUGGUGAACAUGCAUGAAAAAACUGUGGUGGCCAAGAGACUGAUUUGCGACCAUGUUGCCAGUGUAGGGGGAUUGUCAAAUGUCAGCAUCAGUAGUGGGCUGCUCAUUGCAGCUGCAGGUGCCAGGACGAAAUAUCGUUUGUUUUUGGAAGAAAAGGCAGAGCUGGAGAAACAGAAGUCUAAUAAACAAAAGAGGGAUGACAGCCAACAGGAGCUGGAUGGGUUGAAGACGAAAAAAGCCAGGUUGGAGAAAGACAUUAGCAGCCUGACUGAAUCUGCUGAUAAAUUGGCUGAAAAGGCUGAAAAUACAAACAGCCACAAGUUUCUUAUUGAGUCUAAUGCCAUGCGUCGGGCUGCCAAAAGCAAGAAUGAGCAACUGGCAGCUAUUACUUUAGAAAUACAAUCUAAAGUGAUAGAAAUUGGCAGCUUGUAAUGUGCAAACAUUCAGUCUGUAUAUAUGUAAAUAACUCUAUAAAUAAAUGUAUAUAAAUCAGUGCAUAAAAGCUCUCAAGUAUUUCCUGUCUUAAUUUGGUGAGUACGCUGAAUAUUUUUAGUUUGUAAUAAAUUAUUAUUAUUUUAUAAAAAAAAAUUUACAUAGUUUUAUGCAUUAUUAUAUGUCCUGGAAUUUUUUGAUUCCUCCUGGAAAACUCCUGGAAUUCUCCUGGAAUUUGAAAUUGACUUUGGUGUAGGA